UGGCCUAUGUUAAGAAAAUUGUAAUUGAUAUGGUCUGUGGGAUAAGAAUAGAUUUUUAUUAAUACAAUAGACGCAUGCAUGAUGUAUUUUCCUUGAUUGCCUAUUUUUUUAGGGAUUUACUUUUGCCACCCUACUGAUUCUGGGUCGCACCCUGUGAAAUUACCAUACUACCCCUGACCGUUACUUAGGUCACAGAAUAAUGCCCGAUACUCAAGUUACGCAUGCGUAAAAAUAUUCAGAACUGCAAAGGACCACAGAUUAACACCACAAACGGCACCCUACCACCAAUUUUUAGCAUUUCUACAUCCGGUACCUAAGUCACGGUCAGACAUUUUUAAAACUUCCGCGACUUAAGUCACGGCCGGUACAACGUAUAUAAGCAACGCGCCUCACCUUCUUCCCUCAUUCUGUUAGUUUCAAAAACACAAAUUUUACUCUAAAAAUCGUCCAAAAACCCCAAAAAUCGAAAACAACUCAAAAUCCACUCAUUUCUUCACCAUUGUGCUCGGAUUAUACUCGCAAACAUCAUCCAACAUCAUACAAUGGCAGGAACGGAAGAGGGUCUAUCACGUCUCAGAGGAAAGGGCGCCACGGCAUAAUCUUUUUAAGAGAUGUCAACACCAUAGUCUGUUUAUUGUUCUUCCUUAAAGAAGUGGAUUUGCAAAUAAUAAAAUAUCUUAUAACUUGCUAUAGCAAGUUGAACAGGUGGUGCAUGGUACACGACAUCUAGAGUGGUGCACCCUAGUCUCCAUCUUUGGAACAAGUCAUUUGGUCAUCAAAUGUUUCCAACAUAGCAUCCAAUACAACUUCCCAGUUUUCGGAGUUCGGUAAUCUUGUUCUCUUGGAGAGCACAACUGGAAACAUCUUAUGGCAAAGUAUUCAGCAACCUUCAGAUACAUUACUUCCUGGUACGAAACUUUCUAUCAACAAAAGAACAGGUGAAAAAAUUAGACUACAAUCAUGGAAAAGCCCUUUUGAUCCAUCUGUUGGGAGUUUCUCUUCUAGUAUUGUUGAACGCCGAAAUAUACUUGAAGUGUUUAUUUGGAAUGAAACUCGACCGUACUGGCGUAGUGGUCCCUGGAAUGGUGGAGUCUUUACAGGAAUAUCAACUAAGACACAUGCACAUUUUUACGGUUUUCAAAGCGGAAAUGAUGGAGAAGGGAAUAUAAAUCUAUAUUAUACGAUCCCAAAUGGCGAGGCAUUUGUGAUGUAUGUCCUGAAAUCACAAGGAGAAAUAGAAUCAACAUUGUGGGACGAUGCGAGGAAAGAAAUGCAAGUUACAUGGGCUAGCCGAGAAUCGGAGUGUGACAUUUAUGGUAUAUGUGGGGUAUAUGCAAGCUGUAGUUCACUGAGUUCACCAAUCUGCACCUGUUUGAAAGAAUUUGAACCCAAGACCGUACAAGAAUGGAAUAGAAACAAUUGGACUGGUGGAUGUGUUAGGAGAACACCUUUGCAGUGUGAAAGGGUCAACAAUAAAACCACGAGUACAAAGGAAGACGGGUUUUUGAAAUUGCAGAUGGUUAAAGUACCAGAUUUUGCAGAAGGUGUUUCUGUUACCCCAGACAUAUGCCGAAGCUCAUGCUUGCAUAAUUGCUCUUGCGUUGCGUAAGCUCAUGAUUCUGGGAUUGGCUGUAUGUCUUGGACUAGUAAUCUACUUGAUAUAAAACAACUCGAAAGUGGAGGACUUGAUCUAUAUGUUCGUGUAGCCGAUGCAGAACCUGAUAGAGGGAGAAACAAAACUAUCAUCAUUACACUCCCAGUGAUAAUAGGAAUUCUCAUAAUUGUCCUUUUUGCAUAUAUCAUGUGGAGAAGGACUUCAAAAAACUCAGAUAAAUCAACAAGGAAAAAGAACAAAAGUUUCCGACUAUUUAAUAAAGGUAGAAUAUCAGAACAAAAUAAUAAUGACAAGGUCAUUGGAGGACUAUCCCAAGUUAAACUACAAGAGCUAAUACUAUUUGACUUUGGAAAGCUUGCUACCGCUACAAACAACUUCGACUGGUCCAACAAACUUGGGCAGGGUGGUUUUGGUCCAGUAUACAUGGGGAAACUGCAAGAUGGUCAAGAAAUAGCAGUUAAAAGACUUUCUAGAGCAUCUGGCCAAGGGUUGGAAGAAUUCAUGAAUGAAGUAGUUGUUCUUUGUAAGCUACAACACCGCAAUCUUGUGAAACUUCUUGGCUGCUGUAUUGAAGGCGAUAAAAAGAUGUUGGUGUAUGAGUAUAUGUCAAACAAAAGUUUGGAUGCAUUUAUCUUUGAUUCAUCGAAAAAUAAACUACUAGAUUGGAGGACACGAUAUAGCAUCAUAGAAGGAAUAGCUCGAGGAUUGCUAUAUCUUCACAGGGAUUCUAGACUAAGAAUUAUACAUAGAGAUUUGAAGGCAAGUAAUAUAUUGUUAGAUGAGGAGCUGAAUCCAAAAAUAUCAGAUUUUGGUAUGGCUAGAAUCUUUGGAGGGAGAGAAGAUCAAGCCAACACUACUAGAGUUGUUGGAACUUAUGGCUAUAUGUCUCCUGAAUAUGCAAUGCAAGGACUAUUUUCGGAGAAAUCAGAUGUUUUUAGCUUUGGUGUUUUGAUACUUGAGAUCGUUAGUGGGAGAAGAAACUCAAGCUUUUAUGACAAUGAGCAUGCUCUAAGCCUUUUAGGAUUUGUCUGGAUACAUUGGCGUGAAGGAAGUAUUUUAUCUUUAAUAGAUCCUGAAAUAUAUGAUCACAGUGAUCAUAAUUAUAUUUCAAGAUGCAUACAUAUAGGGCUGUUGUGUGUACAAGAACUUGCUUUAGACAGGCCUAAUAUGGCUGCUGUAAUUUCUAUGCUUAUCAGCGAGGCUGCAUUUCUUCCUCCUCCUAGUCAGCCUGCUUUCAUCUUGAGGCAGAAUAUGUUGAAUUCAAAGUCGCCCGAUGAAAAUCAAAAUGUUCUAUCUAUCAAUAGGGUCAGUAUUACGGACAUAUCUGGCAGAUAUACUACUCAUCUCAGAUUCUCAGUAAUGGAUUUCAGCUGCUGUUCAAAGCUGUUCUUUGUUUUGUUCAUGCUGUUUUUGUAUUUGUUACAAGUUAGUAUUGCCUUAGACACUAUCACAUCAUCUCAAUUCAUCAAGGAUCCUGAUACUCUACUCUCCAAAGAUGGUAACUAUUCCUUGGGAUUCUUUAGCCCUGAAAAUUCUACAAAUCGCUACGUUGGAAUUUGGUGGAAGUCUCGAUCCACAAACGUUUGGGUGGCAAACAGAAACAAACCAUUGAAUGAUUCUAAUGGGAUUGUCAAAAUAUCUGAAGAUGGUAAUCUUGUGGUGUUGAACGGACAGAAACAAGUCAUAUGGUCAUCGAAUGUUUCCAACAUAGCAUCCAAUACCACAUCUCAGUUUUUGGACUUUGGUAACCUUGUCCUUAUGGAGAGCACAACUGGUAACACCUUAUGGAAUAGUAUUCAGCAUCCUUCGGAUACAUUACUUCCUGGUACGAAACUUUCUAUGAGCAAAAGAACAGGUGAGAAAAUCAUACUAAGAUCAUGGAAAAGCCCUUCUGAUCCAUCUGUUGGGAGUUUCUCUGCUAGUUUUGUUGAGAACCGAAAUAUAAUUCAAGUGUUUAUAUGGAAUGAAAAUCAACCAUACUGGCGCAGUGGUCCUUAUAAUGGUCGGGUCCUUACAAGGAUAGAUACUAUGACAGCUACAUAUUUUAAGGGUUUUGAAGGCGGAGAUGAUGGAAAUGGGAAUAUUAUUAUAUAUUAUACAAUCCCAGAUGGUUUGGAUUUCUUAAUCUAUAACCUGAAUUCACAAGGAAAUUUAGAUGAAACAUUGUGGGAUGAUAAGAAGAAAGAAUUGCAAGUUACAUGGACUAGCCGAAAAUCAGAUUGUGAUGUUUACGGUAUAUGUGGGGCAUUUGCAAGUUGUAGUUCAUUGAGCAUACCAAUAUGCAGUUGUUUGAAAGGAUUUGAACCGAGAAACAUACAAGAAUGGAACAGAAACAACUGGACUGGUGGUUGUGUUAGGAGGACGCCUUUGCAGUGCGAAAGGGUCAUCAACAAAACCACGACUACAAAGAAAGAUGGGUUUUUUAAAUUGCAGGCAGUUAAAGUUCCAGAUUUUGCCGAAGGCUCAGCUGUUACACCAGAUAUAUGCCGAAGCUUAUGCUUGGAGAAUUGUUCUUGCACUGCGUACUCUAACGGUGCUGGGAUUGGCUGUAUGUCUUGGACGGGGAAUUUAAUUGACAUAGAACAUCUCCAAACAGGAGGACUUGAUCUAUAUUUUCGCGUAGCCCAUGAAGAUCUUGAUAGCAGAGGAAACAAAACAAUCAUCAUUACAAUUUCAGCGAUAAUAGGAACUCUCACAAUUUCCAUUUGUGCCUAUAUCAUGUGGAGAAGGACUUCAAAAAACACAGCUAAACUGUGGCACUCUAUCAAAUCAAAAAGGGUAACGGACAUCAAAGCUUUUCGACUAUUUUAUAAAGGUGGAACAUCAGAAGUUCAUACAAGUGGCGACACAAUAGAUGAGCUAUUACUAUUUGAUUUUGAAAAGCUUGCAACCGCCACAAAUAACUUUGACUUGUCCAACAAACUUGGACAGGGUGGUUUUGGUCCAGUAUACAAGGGGAAACUGCAAGAUGGUCAAGAAAUAGCAGUUAAAAGACUUUCUAGAGCAUCUGGCCAAGGGCUGGAAGAAUUCAUGAAUGAAGUUGCGGUCCUUUGUAAGCUUCAACACCGUAAUCUUGUAAGACUUCUUGGCUGUUGUGUUGACGGUGAUGAAAAGAUGUUGAUGUAUGAGUACAUGCCAAACAAAAGUUUGGAUGCACUUAUAUUUGAUCCAUCAAAAAGUAAACUCCUCGACUGGAGGACACGGUAUAGCAUUAUAGAAGGAAUAGCUCGAGGAUUGUUGUAUCUUCACAGAGAUUCAAGACUAAGAAUUAUACAUAGAGAUUUGAAAGUAAGUAAUAUCUUGUUAGACGAGGCGCUGAAUCCAAAAAUAUCUGACUUUGGUAUGGCUAGAAUCUUUGGAGGGAGAGAAGAUCAUGCAAAUACUAAUAGGGUUGUCGGAACCUAUGGCUAUAUGUCUCCCGAAUAUGCAAUGGAAGGUCUCUUUUCAGAGAAAUCAGAUGUUUUUAGCUUUGGUGUUUUGAUACUAGAGAUCAUUAUUGGUAGAAGGAACUCAAGCUUUUAUGACAACGAGCUUGCUCUGAAUCUCUUAGGAUUUGUUUGGAUUCAUUGGAGGGAAGACAAUAUUUUAUUGUUACUAGAACCAGAAAUAUAUGAUCAUAAUGAUCAUACGAAUAUUUUGAGAUGCAUACAUAUAGGACUUUUAUGUGUACAAGAAUCAGCUGUAGACAGGCCUACUAUGGCUGCCGUGAUUUCUAUGCUUAACGGUGAGGUUGCAUCUCUUCCUCCUCCAAAUGAACCUGCAUUCAUCCUGAGGCAGAAUAUCAAUCCGCUGCCCGAAGAAAAGGAAAGCAUUAAUAAAGUCAGUAUUACAGAAGUAUCUGGCAGAUAGCACACUAAGGACUCUAAGAUAGCAUUUUGAGGUCAAUGGAUAUAUGGUAAAUACUAAAAUGUUUGUUAAUGUAUAUAAUUUGUGAGAAAAUUAAACUCUGUUGUAAUGGAAGACAUUCAUGUGGCUCUUUGUGUGUGCAAGAUCUUUUGAAAGACACACAGUAUGUCAUAUUAGUAAUGACUUUAUGUAUCUUCAAUUCAGAAUUAAUUUAGAAUGAAUGCUCCAUCCAGAAUUGAUUUAGUCAA